AUGGUGAAACUCAGUGAGGACCAACUCAACGCUAUUAGCAUUAUCGAGCGUGCGUGUUCAGUGCCCUCGCUCCUGGGUUGUGUCUUCAUCAUCGCCACCUUCUGCGUGUCAAGCGCCUUCCACAAACCAAUCAACCGACUCGUUUUCUACGCUUCUUUCGGCAACAUGAUGGCCAACGUCGGCACGCUCAUGUCCAUCUCUUUCCUGAACAAUCUAAGCUCAUUUGGCUACAUACGAUGGCUGCUUCAUGCUGACAACCCCCCGAGCUUCACACCCGCGGAUUCCUUCUGGAUAUUGGCCAUGGCCAUCAACGUUUAUCUCACCUUUUACUAUAAGUUUGACGCGCAGCGCCUGCGCAAGAUGGAAUUGUGGUACUUGAUUGGCUGCUAUGGGGUUCCUUUUGUUCCUGCCUUUUCCUAUAUUUUCGCACGGAACAAGCUUGGACAGCGCAUCUACGGAAACGCGACGCUAUGGUGCUGGGUGUCGACCGAAUACGAUACUCUCCGUGUUGCCACACUAUAUGCCCCAGCGUGGAUUGCUAUUCUCAUCACUUUCGCUAUUUACAUACGAGCCGGUCGCACGAUCUACGAGAAACGCAAGCAGCUGCACGAUUUUCACUUGUCGGAUCCCGACCCCUUGUCUGUAGACGGCGAGGCUCUAGGCACGGUCAAAAGAACGGAAGUCAUGAUAACCAGCGAGGCUGUUGGUGAGCCUGGAAUCGCUCUUGGCCCUAUGCGACGACACGAUUCUUCUUCCGCAGACAAUCCCCAAAAUGCCAGUGCCGCAUACUCAGUCCAUAUAUCUGCCGACAACUCCAUGACCUCUGACGACAAACCUAUACUUCCCAUGCCGGGCACAACCAUUCACCACGCUAGCACCGUACAGAUUGCGUCUCACAGGCUUUCUAAACCCGCUCGACGACAUAUCCAUGAGCUCAAUAAUGCGGCGUGGUCCUAUACCAAGUGCGCUAUCCUGUUCUUUACAGCUCUCUUGAUGACAUGGAUUCCAGCCAGCGCUAACCGAGUCUACUCUGCUGUUCAUCCGGGAGAUGUCUCUGUUCCGCUCCUGUUUAUGAGUGCCUUCGUCAUACCACUCCAGGGAUUCUGGAAUGCCGUCAUAUAUGUUGUCAUAUCGUGGGGUGCGUGCAAGAAUUUGUUUCACGACUGGAAGCUCGGCCCGGUUUCCGGGAGUAUGGGAGCGAACGAUGCAACUGGCCGCAAUCAUCAGCGUUACGCAACCCAGUUCAAGUCUCCAGCAAGGGCUCACGUAGGAUGGGAGUCGGAGAGCGUGACCGAACUUGCCAGGGCCACAUUAAAUUCAGCUGAUGGACAGGGAAAAUACUGA